GGCAGCACUCGCAUUUGUUUUUGCGGCCGAAAAUCUGCUCGCAUACGUUUAGUUAAAUUUAUAAAUAAAAUGGGCACAAAACGUCCAAAUAAUAGCGUGGUGCUGGCGCAGGAGCCCAAGCGCAGCAAAAAUGACAUUAUGGCCUAUACAAAUCGGGACAAGGCACUGCUCGAAUCGGGCGUGCGGCGCACUUCCAAUCUGCAAGCGCCCAUCAUGCAGCUGGAAGGACAUGAGGGCGAAAUAUUUACCACAGAAUUCCAUCCGGAGGGCGAGAUGCUGCUCUCCUCGGGCUUCGAUAGGCAGCUGUAUAUCUGGCAGGUGUAUGGGGAAUGUGAGAACAUUAUGGCCAUGUCCGGGCACAGCGGAGCCGUCAUGGAGGCGCAUUUUACGCCGGAUGGCUCGCAUAUAUUCACCUGCUCCACAGACAAAACGCUGGCCAUUUGGGACAUUGUGACGGGUCAGCGAGUGCGGCGUCUCAAGGGGCAUUCGAACUUUGUGAACAGCGUGCAGGGAUCACGACGUGGCCAGCAGCUGUUGUGCUCCGGCAGCGAUGAUCGCACCAUACGCAUCUGGGAUGCACGCAAAAAGCAGGCGGCCCACGUGCUGGAAUCACCCUAUCAGCUGACGGCCGUUUGCUUUGGCGAUACCAGCGAACAGGUCAUCAGCGGCGGCAUUGACAAUGAGCUCAAGAUCUGGGACAUACGCAAACAGCAGGUGCUACAUCAUUUGCGUGGACACACGGACACCAUAACGGCCGUCGCACUGUCGCCGGAGGGCGACUUUGUGCUCACGAAUGCCAUGGACAAUACGCUGCGCGUGUGGGAUGUCCGCGCCUAUGCGCCGGGUGAGCGUUGCGUCAAGGUGUUCCAGGGGCAUCAGCAUAACUUUGAGAAGAAUCUGUUGCGCUGCGCCUGGGCACCGGGCGGCGACAAGAUCAGCGCCGGCUCAGCCGAUCGUCAUGUCUACGUUUGGGACGUGAACACCCGGCGAAUACUGUACAAGCUGCCCGGGCACAAUGGCAGCGUGAACGAUGUGGAUUUCAGUCCGCGCGAACCGUUGAUACUGUCCGGGUCCAGCGACAAGACACUGUAUCUGGGCGAAAUAGAGGACUAGUCCUAGUAUCACAAAUAAGUUUUAUUUCUGCAUUAUCAUAACGAUUAAUAAAUAAUUUGUAUAAUUUCAAAUA